UGCUCUCUUUCUUUGAUAUCUAAAGGCGAAAGAUUGAGUUUUGCCCAUUGUUUUCAUUUGUCUUCUGAUUUCAUUUACCUUCAGGCCCUAUAAAACAGCUCGCUGAUUAAAUUUCCUUUGCUCUCUUUUGAUAUCUAAAACCGAAAGAUCGAGUUUUGUCCAUUGUUUUCAUUUGUCUUCGGAUUUGUGCCCCUACACACUUGUGGCGAGCGACCUUUUUUCAGUUUUACUCUGAUUAUUGCUCCACGUACUUCUCACAAUAUUAAAAAAAAAACCAUAAAAAGAUACAGAUUUUGUUUCUACUCUAUUUUGUUUUAAGCGGAGAAUUUGAAGGAGGAACAUACCUUCAUUCAUAAGUCAUUACCAAACAGCUAAGCUUCUAUUGUGAGAGUUUCUCCAUGGAUCCUCUCCGGAAUUUUGAAGUCAAAGCUCUUUCUCCCAUCACUGCUCCUGGAUCGCGGGUCGUUUAGGUACGAAACCGCUGUACGUCAGUUAUUUAGUCAUGGCAUUUCUUAUUGAAAUUGGUACUACAAUUGUCGCAAAGCUAGCUGAGUACAUGGUUGAACCAGUUAUACGCCAAGCGGGUUAUAUAAUCUGCUACAACAAGAACCUCAAAAAACUACAAAAUCAAGUCGGUGACUUAGUUAGAGCCAGAAUAAGCAUGCAGCACGCUGUUGAAACAGAAGAAAGAAAAGGUAAAAAAAUUGAAAAUGGGGUCCAGAACUGGCUGACUGAAGUGGAUCAACUGACUAAAGAAGCAGAUGACUUCUUGAAAGAUGAACACCAUGCAGAGACCAAGUGUCUACAGGGCUUUUGUCCUAAUCUAAAGCUUCGUCAUCAUCUAAGCAGGAAAUCAACAAAAAUGGCUCAAGAGGUGGCUGAGCUUUAUGAGAAAAAGAAGAACUUUGACAAUAUUGCAUAUGCUGCCUCCCAAGAAGAGGUGUGUGUAGCAGCUCUCCAAGAUUAUGAGGCCUUUGAUUCAAGGACUUCAGCUGCGAAGGAUGUAAUCAAAGAAUUGAGAAAUUCUAAUACCUACAUGAUUGGGGUGUACGGUAUUGGGGGUGUGGGAAAAACAACACUUGUCAAAGAAGUUUAUAAGCAAUUAGCUACAGGAGGUGAGAAGCUCUUUGAUGAGGUAGUUAUGGUACUCGAUCUGAAAAAGAAUCCCAGCAUCGAUAGAAUUCAAAAAGAAAUUGCUGAGAAGUUAGGUCUCGAGAUUCUCGAAACUGAGACCUUUGCUGGAAGAGCACGUCGAAUAAAUAACAGGAUCAAAGACAAGAAGUCUCUUGUGAUCCUAGAUGAUGUUUGGGAAAACAUCGAUUUGGGGGAUGUGGGUCUUCCUCGAAUGGAAACUCUUAAAAUACUGUUGACUUCUCGAAGCAAAGUAGUAUUAUCUUCCGAUAUGGGUACACAAAAGGAGUUUCCUCUCGAAGUUUUAGACAAAGAUGAAGCUUGGAGUUUAUUUCAGAAGACGGCAGGUGAUAUUGUUAGAAAUCCCAAUAUUGGAACUAUAGCCACCCAAGUAGCUGAAAAGUGUGGAGGUUUGCCACUUUUGAUUGUCACUGUUGCAAGAUCCCUGAGAAAUAGUUCAUUACAAGCAUGGAAAGAUACUUUCAGACGCCUAAAAAGGUUAGAUGGAAAAGGAUUGACAGAGAAAACAUACUCCGCUAUUGAGUGGAGUUACAAUCAUUUGGGUGAUGAGGAGCUUAAAUCAUUGUUCUUGCUGUGUGGACUUAUUAUGUCAUGUUAUUCGAACAAUAUUCAUAUCGGUGAUCUAUAUACAUGCAGCAUGGGUUGGGGCUUGUUGAAGAACGUGGAUACAUUAGAAGAAGCAUGGAAUGCAUUGUGUUCUCUACUUGAAAAACUUAAAGAUUCUUGUCUAUUGCUAGAUGGUAAUGAUAAUACAAAUUACAGAAUGCAUGAUCUUGUGGGCGAUGUUGCUAAUCAGAUUAUGGUCGGGGAUAAUCACAUCAUAUCAGCCACACGUAAAAAUGAGUUGAAAGAUUGGCCAAAUAAGGACUUUCUUCAAAAAUGCACGGUAAUAUCUUUUCCUUUCACGGUUAUCCCUAGUCUUCCUGAAGUUUUGGAAUGUCCCGAACUGAAAAUGUUCUUUUUGUGGAGUAGGGAUAUUACAUUUGAAAUUCCAUGCAACAUUUUUGAAAAGAUGGAAAAACUCAAAGUACUUAGUUUAGACGAAUUGAGUUUUUUGCCUUCACUACCUCCAUCUCUAAAGUUCCUGAAGAGUCUUCAAACAUUGUGUUUAGAUCAUUGCAAGUUGGGAGAUCUAGCUCUAGUCGGACAACUUGGGAGCUUAGAGUUUCUUAGUUUUAUAGAAUCCGAUUUCAAGGAGUUGCCCAAAGAAAUAGGGCAAUUGACUCGUCUACGAUUGUUGAAUUUAAACGGGUGCUCUCAACUCGAAAUUAUUUCUCCUAAUGUCCUAUCAAGCUUGGACAGAUUAGAAGACUUGGGAAUGAGAAAUAGUUUCAACAGAUGGGAGGCUGAAGGAGUCAUCAGUACUGAAAGAAGGAAUGCAAACCUUGAAGAGCUAAAACACUUGCGUCAGCUAACUGCAUUACAAAUACAUAUCCCAGAUGAUGUUACUGUUCCAGAAGAUUUGUUCACUGCUAAGUUGGCGAGAUUCCAAAUAUGUAUUGGUUCUGUGUGGAAAUGGGCUGGUGUCGAUGAAACCAUCAAUGCACUAAAACUCAAAUUCACCACUGGCCGUAAAUUCGACCAAGGUUUGAAAAUGCUACUCAAGAGAACUGAAGACUUGUACUUGGAGGGCAAGGAAGGUGUUAAAAAUAGUAUUUUAUCUGAAUUGGGUAAAGACAGUUUUCCGCAACUGAAACAUCUUCAUGUCCAAAACAAUGCUGAGAUUGCAUACACCAUCAAUGGGAAGGUUGGUUUUCCCAACUUAACAUGGUUGGAGGUGAGUGGAAUCAAUGAUUUAAGAUUCUUGUUCUCAUCUUCAACUGCUAGAAGUCUUCUACAACUCAAACGUCUUCAGAUAUCGGGAUGUCAAAUCAUGGAAGCAAUAGUAUCAAUAGAAGAAUUUAAUGAGAUUGCAGAGAAACUGUUCUGCCAACUACAAGAUUUGGAGGUAAAAGACCUUCCAAAUCUCACGAAAUUCUGCUCAAGAAAGUAUACUGAAUUUUCAAAUCCAUCCUCUGGCAUACUGCAAUUGGAGGACUGUAUUAAAAGAAAUACAAUUGGUGAAGAAAUUGAAGAGAUCAACUCAACUGGAAACCUUGACGUUGUGAUCCAACACUUUCUGUUUGAUAACAAGGUAGAGUUGCCAAACUUGAAGAAGUUAUCCAUCCAUGGCCUAGCAAAGUUAACGACAAUAUGGAACAAUCAAUUUUCUCUAGAGAGUUCAAAAAAUCUAGAGACAAUAGAAAUUGUUUCGUGUGACAGUUUGAAAAGUAUUUUUCCAGCCUCAGUGGCCAGAAGUCUUCAACAGUUGAGGAGUCUGAAAGUCCAGAAUUGUGGGGUAGAGGAAAUCGUUUCAAAAGAAAACGGUGCACAGACAGCACCUAUGUUUGUUUUUUCAAAACUGACAUAUGUGAGAUUUCAAGAUUUACCCCAACUUAGGAAUUUCUAUUCAGGAUUGCAUUCUUCGAAGUGCCCGUCGCUCGUAACUUUGUUGGUGUAUGAUUGUACUAAAGUGCAGAUAUUUGGAGCGGGCAGGCGUGAGUUGAACAAUUUUUGCACCCCAAAUAAACAAUUUUUGUUUUUACUUGAGAAGGAUUCAUUUCCCAAUCUGGAAACGUUAGGCUUGGACGUAAUGGAGAAUUGGGAUAGUCCGCCACUCCACCUGUUUAGGAAGCUCAAAUAUCUACACAGUUACACAUACACCAACUCAACUUUGAAUUCUCUAGAGAAAUUACUUGGUCUUGAAAAAGUCAAUGUGAGUAGUGAUGGAGAAAUACAUGCAGUUGGGGAUGGGACCCUCCCACAUUUAAGAGAGUUGUACCUUUACGGGAUGCGGAAGCUAAUGAAUCUCGGGGAGGAUAGCUUCGGUCUAGCAUGCCCAUAUUUUCCAAAUCUGGAAAUUCUGAAGCUAGAGGACUGUGACAGCUUAAAGAAUUUAAGAUCAUCCGCAAUAUCCUUCAAGAAUCUAACAACUUUGCAAGUAACUCGUUGUAAGGGAUUGAAAUACUUGAUGUCUUACUCCAUAGCCAAAAGUUUGAUGCAUCUCACAAAACUGGAAGUCCAGGAUUGUGAGGAAAUGAUAGAAAUAGUGGGGAGCAAUGAAAAUGAUGAUUUAGAAAAUGAGAUUGAAUUCAUGGUGUUGAAACAUUUGGAACUUUCUGCUCUACCAAGUUUGAGAGGCUUUUGCUCGGGAACUCGCAUUGUCAAAUUUCCAUCCUUGGAAAAAUUAUCCAUGAGUUGUACUCAACUGGAGACGUUCAUCUUUGAUUCUAUGGGUAAAAGUAAUACAAUUGGCAAGGACAUCAAAGACACCGACUCGAGCAAAAACCACGAGACUGAAGUAGUGCAACCUUCUCUUUUUGACAACAAGGUUGACUUUCCGAGGUUGAAGAGUUUGUCCCUCAAGGGUUUGACAAAGUUGACUGCAAUUUGGCACAGUCAACUUUCUCCAAACUCUUUUAGUAGACUCAGUGACCUUGAAGUACAUGGAUGUGGAAAUCUAUCAAGUAUAUUUGUGCCCAGUACUAUAGGAAGAUUGAAUGCUCUUGUCACCUUAUUGAUAAAGGAGUGCAAGUCUGUACAAGUUGUAUUUCAGCUUCAGGGAGUUGAUGUUAAAGGAAUACAUGACACAUCAUUAGCAACUCAGUUAAGAUCUUUUGAUUGUGAAAAACUAGAUUCGGUAGAAAUUGAUUCAUGUGAGAAUUUGAAAAACAUUUUCCCGGUUUCGGUAGCCAGAAAUCUUCAGCAAUUAACAAGUCUAGUAGUGAGGAGCUGUGGAGUUCAAGAAAUUGUCGCAAAGGAAGAGUCACUACAAGCAACACCUAAAUUUGUGUUUCCAAAAGUAACAGAUGUGAUUUUUGAUGAUUUGUCUCAACUAGUGAAUUUCUACCCAGAUGUGCAUGUGUCUAGCUGGCCAUUGCUCAACUCUUUGCGAGUGUGUGGAUGCGGCAAAGUUGACAUAUUUGUUGAAGAAAUUUCAAGUUUCCAAGAAAAGGGUGACCCGAAAAGUUCCAGUACUCUUAUUGGUCGGCAAUCUCUCUUUUCAAUUGAGAAGGAUUCAUUUCCCAACUUGGAAUGGUUGACCAUGGAAGCAAUGUUGUUUUGGAAUGGUCCACUCACAGCAGUAGCGCAGUUGUUUAGCAAACUAAAGUUUCUUGAUGUUACUUGUACAGAGUCCAAGUCUGUUGUUUUCCUUGACAAAUUACUCGACCCAGAAGGAAACAGCAGUACUAGUAGUGCAGUUGGGAUUGGGACCCAGCAGCAGCAGCAGGUCCCACAUUUAAAAGAGUUGAGGCUUGUUCGAAUGAAGAAGCUGAUGCAUCUAGGCCAGGAUGAUGAGGAGGAUAACUCACAAUCAGCCCCCCGCAUCCCAAAUUUUCCAAACCUGCAAAUUCUAUUGGUGAAUGGUUGCGACAGCUUAAGGAAUCUGAGAUCAUCCGCAAUAUCCUUCAACAAUCUAACAACUUUGCAAGUAAGUGUUUGCGAUGGAUUGAAAUACUUGAUAACUUACUCCAUGGCCAAAAGUUUAAUGCAACUCACAACACUGGAAGUCGAGGAGUGCCCAAGACUGGUGGAAAUAGUGGGAAGCAAUGAAGACGACGAUUCAAGAAAUGAGAUUACAUUCAAGCGGUUGAAACAUUUGAAACUAUCUGAUCUACCAAGACUGCAAGGCUUUUGCUCGGGAAAUUGCAUUGCUAAAUUCCCGUCCUUGGAAACUUCGACCAUGAGCAACCGCCUCAAAUUGAAGAUUUUCCCAGCUCAUGACCAAACGCUACAGCUAACCAACGAAGAGGAAGACACAGAUCUUGAUUUCUUGGAGGAGGAGCUGACUGCUGAGGAUGAAAUGAAUUCGGCAAGUUCUGAUUGAUAUCACUGUAGAUUCUAUUGCUCCACCUGGCCGCAAUUGCUCGUCUUUUCUAGCCUGACAUAAGUGGAAGAUUGUUCACCAAAGUGUGCAUUCAUGUGCUAUAAACUUAUGGGUUGUGCUAUGCACACCAAGUGUUUGGUAAAAUGCUUGUGUGAUUGUUUCUGUGGUGAUUUUGCUGCAUUUCAAUUCUUAUGCUUGUAUUGAUAUUUGUGUGCAAGUCUUGCUUUCUUGCUGCUUAGCAAUAAAGG